AGACAGCAGACAAGCAGCACACCCACCGCACCGCAGCGCACCGCGCGAGCGAGCCCAGCCGUCGGUAACGGAGAAGAUGGCAGAGCGGCAGCAACAGAAACACGAAGGCAGGGUAAAGAUCGGCCAUUACAUCCUCGGCGACACACUCGGAGUGGGGACGUUCGGGAAAGUAAAGAUCGGACAACAUCAAUUAACGGGCCACAAAGUCGCCGUGAAGAUCCUCAACAGACAGAAGAUCCGCAGUCUCGAUGUUGUGGGGAAAAUCAAGCGGGAGAUCCAGAACCUCAAACUGUUCAGACACCCCCACAUCAUCAAGCUCUACCAGGUAAUAAGUACACCAACAGAUUUCUUCAUGGUCAUGGAGUAUGUGUCUGGAGGCGAGCUGUUUGACUACAUCUGCAAAAACGGAAGGGUGGAGGACUCAGAAGCUCGCCGUCUUUUCCAGCAGAUCAUCUCAGCUGUGGACUACUGUCACAGGCACAUGGUGGUCCACAGAGACCUCAAACCCGAGAACGUCCUGCUCGACGCCAACAAAAACGCCAAGAUUGCCGACUUUGGACUUUCAAACAUGAUGUCAGACGGAGAGUUCUUACGAACGAGCUGUGGGUCGCCCAACUACGCAGCUCCAGAGGUCAUCUCAGGAAGGCUGUACGCAGGCCCAGAGGUGGACAUCUGGAGCUGCGGAGUGAUCCUGUACGCCCUGCUGUGUGGCACUCUGCCCUUUGACGACGAGCACGUCCCCACGCUGUUCAAGAAGAUCAGAGGAGGCGUCUUCUACAUCCCCGAGUACCUGAACCGCUCCGUGGCGUCGCUGCUCAUGCUCAUGCUGCAGGUGGAUCCACUUAAGAGAGCCACCAUCAAAGACAUCAGGGAACACGAGUGGUUUAAGAAGGACCUGCCGGGCUACCUGUUCCCAGAAGACCCAUCGUACGAUGCCACCGUGCUGGACGAAGAGGCGGUCAGGGAAGUGUGUGAGAAGUUUGAAUGCACCGAGUCUGAAGUGGUCUCCAGUCUCUACAGCGGCGAUCCACAGGAUCAGUUAGCAGUAGCUUAUCACCUCAUCAUAGAUAACCGACGCAUCAUGACCCAGGCCAGCGAGUUCUACCUGGCCUCCAGUCCUCCGCAGGGCUCCUUCAUAGAAGAAGGCAUGCUGCUGCCCCCCGGCGUCAAACCCCACCCAGAGAGGAUGCCCCCACUUCUGGCCGACAGCCCCAAAUCCCGUUGUCCUCUGGAUGCCCUGAACACAACCCGGCCCAAACCGCUCGCUGUGAAGAAAGCCAAAUGGCACCUGGGGAUCAGGAGUCAGAGCAGACCGUAUGACAUCAUGGCUGAGGUGUACAGAGCCAUGAAACAACUCAACUUUGACUGGAAGGUGGUGAACCCGUAUCAUCUGCGUGUCCGCCGGAAGAAUCCAGUAACGGGAAAUCUGGUGAAAAUGAGCCUGCAGCUCUACCAAGUUGACAACAGAUCCUACCUCCUCGACUUCAAGAGCAUCGAUGACGACAUCAUGGAGGCGGUCGGCUUUAAAUCUGGGUCGUCCACCCCUCAGAGGUCGGGCUCCACCGCCGGCCUCCACAGACCCCGACUGAGCAUCGACUCGGCCAGCCCCGCCAUCGACCUGCCCCAGCUCAGCUCCUCCCUGCCGGGCUCGCUGUCCGGCAGCUCCCCACUGCUCGCCGCGCGUCAGGGCUCUCACACCAUGGACUUCUUCGAAAUGUGCGCCAGUCUCAUCACCGCGCUGGCUCGCUGAGAACCUGCUAAAUCCCAAACUGCCUUGUUAACCCGGAAGUCGGCGGGGGGCGUUUUAGAGCUAAUAGCUGCAGAAUCCGAGAUGUAUCAAAGAACUUGUGGAAGCCAGAGAAAAAAAAAUACUAAAAAAAUCGAAAUAAGGGAGAGGUCAGAAUCGCAUCAGAGUCAGCAAAGGUCUAGUUUACCAUCACAAAUCCCCUCUGUCCUUUAUCAGCUGCGUCAACAUGUAACGACCGGACAUCCUGCUGACUUGGCCUCAGACGCUGAUCUGAGGUCAGUUCUGCCGCUUGUCUUACCGAUCACUAGAACAGGUGUGUCUGGAGGAACAUUACUUCAUAGAGUUCAAGUUUUUUAUAAUGCUGGUACAGAAGCUUUUUGUUAUUCAUGUAUAUUUAUAUUUUAUUGUAGAUCGAAGUAUAUACCAAAAAGAAUAUUAUUUAGAUAUCAGAUUCAUAUUUAUUUUUAGAUUUUCCUUUUUAAACACUAGUUCUAUUGGAAACAUCUCCGCUGAACGAAUUCUUGAAUAAUUUAACAAAGCACGGCAGACAGUUGGAUGUUACAUUGAUUUUUCUGCUUGCAACUGCCCCGCGCCGCACAUGCUCAUACACACACACACACGCCAUCUGACCGCGUCACACGCCUGUGUCAUUUCACCCGACGCUCAGCACACUCAAUGGCUCUGAUAACGCAAGCUGCCGCUCGGCUUUUCAGCGGCGCCUGAGCACAAUUUCAGUUUAGAAAAACACGGAGGCCUGCGACUUCAGGAAGUCGGCGCUGAGCUGAAUAACAACAGAUGUGGCUCUGGAACGGUUCAGGCUUGCAAACAUCUUCGCGCUAACUUUUCAAGCUGCGAGUAAAACACUUGAAUCGGAGUGAGGCGGUCAGUCUGGAGAUCACCGACUCUGUGUGUUUGCGUGUGUGUGUGUGUGUGACAUGUGAGGUGGUGUGUUACUGCCGCAGGAGAACAGAAGCCCACAGAUGCCUUAAAAGAAUGCAACGCAAUGUUUAUGUGAACGUUUGAUGCGUGCCGAAGGUCAGAGGGAGAGUCUGUCGUGUGUCUUACAUUUAAAGCCUGGAAGGUCGGAGAUGCUGGAGUCGGAACAAUUCAACCUUGAUGUUAUUGUGUACUGUUGCCUGCCCCGUUUGGUUCCUCUUGACUGUCCCGUCUGCACUUUCACUCUUUUCACUGGGCUCAGUUCACUGCUCCACACUCCAAGAGCGCUCACAGAUGUUACUGAAUGGAUUCUUUCAGAUUUGCGAUUCUUGGUACGGACGGAGUGCUUCUUUAAAUUAAGCUUUAACCACUUUUUUAAAUCACCCGAGGCCGUUUUAAAUUUCAGUGCGAUGAUCUCAGACUUCAAAAUACUGUGAGAAACACUAAACCUUAAAAAGAAAAUAUUGGCACACAGCGGUGAAUCUUUACAGCCUGGUGUAACUAAGCAGAAUUAUUUGAUCAGUCUACAGUAAGCCUAUUUUAACCUUUUAACUGGUUCUCAAUCAUAAGCUAUGAGAUUCCAACUCCAUCAUCAUUAGCUACAUGCACAACAGCUGGAGAAAAAUCAUCCAGGCUGCAACUCUUUGGCCUUUUUAUUCCCUCUCUUGUGCGUCCACACCACACUCCUAGCCUGCCACCCUGGGUGACGAGCAACAUCCCCUGUCGCUAAAUCUAUCACUGCUGGAACAACUAUGACAUGUUACCGCCCAACACUCGUCUACGUGAUGUCAAAGCGUUUGAGUCUGGACCGCAGGACUGGGUCUAAAGUCCGUCCAGUUUUAAAGGGAACGAAGACUCUCUGAUGCAUUUUCUUUGAAACAGUGCAAGCUGUACUUUUUAAUCCUCUGCUGAAACCCUUUAUUACUUGCAUACCUGCAACAUACAUGCAGCUGUAUAACCCAGACUCUCCUCAUAACACAGAUUCUGUCUAUAAAUAUGCACUGGCCCGCCGCGUUGCUGCCCGAAAAAAAAAAAAAAAAAACCAUGGGUGCACAAGAUCUAUGGAAGAGAUAGGUCGAAUGUAUACAAACUGUUUUCAUAUAAACAGUAUUUACCAACAGAUGUAGCUCACUCCCUUUUAUAGCUGCAGUGGCAUGUUACUCAUCAAUCCUCAGCAACGUACCAGCAGGCCUCAUGAAAUACAGAUUUUACCAAAGGGAGAGUUUUCCACUGCGAAGCUAUCCUCUCUGUUUAGCUGUAGUUAAAUGGUGACCUUAAACAACCCCGUCUAUGUUGUGAGUGUUUGAUGUGUGUGUGUGGGUUCACAUUACUUACUGUUAUCUUGUACAAAGGUGUUUUCCUCUGUCUGUUGGCGUGUGUGUCUCUCUUUGUGUGCGUGUGUGUGUGUGUGUGUGUGCUUGUCUUUCUCCAUCUUUGUGUCUAAGAUUGGGGUUUGGACCUUGUUAUGCACUGCAUGAUAUUACUGUUAUGACUUGCACUUUAAGGAGUAUUUAUUAAAAUUAAAAUGAACAUGCAAAAACA